AUGAUUCAAGGAAGGCCCCCAGUACCCGAAUGUAAGACUUGUGGACGAAGACACAGAGGACAUUCUAGACAAGAGAAUGUGGUUUGUUAUGUGUGUGGAAAGAAGGGGCAUUAUGCAACUUUAUGUAAGGAGAAAGGAAUUACAUGUUUCUCGUGUAGAAAGAGAAGGCACUAUGCUAAGGACUGCCGACAAGCUGGCAAGGAGAGCACCACCCCCAGACUUAUGUCACCUCCACCAAAGAACAACAACGAGAGGAACAACACCACCACUGGUAGCAAGCCCACCAGUCGUGCUUUCAAUAGGUCUAUCAAGGAUGCCAUUGUGGACAAUGAUGUGAUUUCAGGUACGCUCUUAGUAAAUUCUGUGAAUUCUUGUGUGUUAGUUAAUUCGGGAGCUACUAGAUCUUUUAUAUCAGAACGUCUCGUAACUAAAGUGGGAUUGAAACCACAACGAUUAGAAGAAGAAGUGAUUGCGAAUCAAGAAGUAAUACCCAUUAAUCAAGUAUGUCCUAGUUGUAAGAUAGAAAUUCAAGGAAGACUAUUUGAAGUGGACCUUAUUUCUUUUGAACUUGGAGAGUUCGACGUGAUAUGGAUUGGCUAA